UAACCCUUUUCGAUCUUUCGUUCUAUUGAUAUAGGAUGUUCUUACGUUUGAGUAGGCCACUUGUAUUUGUUAAAGUAUUAUUUACCUCAUUAGUUAUUUACAAAACACGAAGUUUGGUCUUCGCUUCGGAAAAACCGCUACCAAUUGUCAUCAACACAUGGCCGUUCACAAACGCCACAGAGAAAGCAUGGGAGGUCAUAAACAAUGAGGGUUCUUCAUCCCUGGAUGCUGUGGAAGCUGGAUGUACUACAUGUGAAGUAGAGCAGUGUGAUGGUACAGUAGGGUAUGGAGGAAGUCCUAGUGAAGAUGGUGAAACUACAUUAGAUGCAAUGAUUAUGGAUGGAGUGACUCAUGAUGUGGGAGCWGUUGGCUGCUUGAAGAGGGUCAAAAGUGCUAUUAGUGUAGCUAGAAGUGUCAUGGAACACAGCAAAGAAACAUUUCUUGUUGGAGAAGAUGCAACCAGGUUUGCAAUUGAGAUGGGCUUCAAAGAAGAAAGUCUGAGUACCAACCAUUCAAUAAUGUUAUUCCAGACCCAACUAAAUCUUGUGGACCUUACAAGCCAUUAAAACAAAAAAGAAGUCAUGUGACACCUAAGUCGAAUCAAUACAUCAGCGACAAAAACCAUGAUACUAUAGGCAUGAUAGUCAUAGACAAAGAGGGRAAUAUAGCAGGAGGAACAUCAACUAACGGCGCUAAUCACAAAGUUCCAGGCCGCGUAGGAGACUCCCCCAUUGCUGGUGCCGGUGCUUACGUAGAUAAUGAUGUUGGYGGUGCGGCAGCUACUGGAGAUGGUGACGUCAUGAUGAGAUUCUUACCAAGUUUAAUUACAGUAGAAUAUAUGAGACAAGGCAAGUCCCCACAGGAGGCUGCUCAGUUAGCUUUAGGACGAAUUGUUAAGUAUUACCCAGGAUUCAGUGGUGGCAUCGUGGCUGUGAAUAGAUCAGGGGAACAUGGAGGAGCUGCGCAUGGAUGGACGUUUUUCAAAUACUCAGUAGUGAGCCCGAAGCUUGGCGGCAAAGUACAAGUGAUCUCAGUGAAGCCAACGGAAAAUUUAUAACCACCUACUUUKAACCUACUUUUUGAUUUAAAAAUCAAAACUAGUAUUAUAAAACUGAUUUGAAUUUGUAAACAAACACUAAUUUAGCUGCCAGGAAAUGGUUGUUAUAAUAUCCAUGGGUAAAACAAUACUCCAUUUUACACUUCCUAGCGCCAUCUUGAAAGGUAGCCAAACCUUUGUAUCAUAAGUUGAAGCUGCAGUGUUGGAUAAGGUUUGUUUUCUCACUAAGACAAUUAUUCACGGGUAUCUAUCAUUGCAAGCUCAACUGCUGUGUCUCUCUUUGAUGUACAGGCUAGGUUACCUUUUAAGAUGGCGCUGGGACCUGUUAACAGGAGUAUUGGCUACCACCUCUUUGCUUAUGAAAAAGGGUAUUAUCUAUUAAUAUCAUUUAACAGCAGUUAGUCCAACAGUUUUUUCAAUGCUASUGUCAUCUUAUUUUGUCUUACUAAAAUAUUGUUAGUCAAWGUCGAUGUACAAAAGAGAUACGGUGUUUUUAUUAAAAAUAAAGAAAUUUGUUAAUUUGUGUCA